AUGGAGGCCGACAGCAGCCCGACGCCGUUCGCGCCGUCCGACGGCAACAGCUCGCUGCCGCCGACGAUCGACAGCACCGUGCACAAGUACAGCCCGGCGUUCGUGAUCGUCAUGAGCGCGCUCAUGCUGCUCUUCAUGGCGGCCAGCCUGCUGGGCAACAUGCUGGUCAUCCUCACCGUCUGCCGCAACCGGCAGAUGCGCACGCGCACCAACCUGUUCUUGGUGAACCUGGCCGUGGCGGACGUGAUGGUCGCCGCGCUGGACAUGCCGGUGGCGCUGGUGACGCUCAUCGAGGGCCGCUGGGUGUUCGGCGAGGCGCUAUGCCAGAUCAACGCCUUCGCCGUCGGCCUCGGCACCAUGCUCUCCAUCCACACGCUCAUGCACAUCAGCAUUCAUAAGUACAUCAGCAUGACCCGCCCGUUCAGCCGCUUCAUGACGCGCCAGAAGAUCGUCGGCCUGAUCGCCGCCGCCUGGCUGUGGAGCAUCCUCUACAACCUGACCCCGCAGUUGGGGCUAACACACACAGUUUACAAGAAAGGCACGACGCAGUGCGGUCCCGAAAUUCCACUCAACGUCAAACAGAAGCUCCACAGCGCCAUCAACAGCCUCGUCAACUUCUACCUGCCACUGGCCGUCAUGAUCUUCUGCUACGCCCGGAUCUUCCAGGAGAUCAGGGCCCACUUGGGCAGGAUGCGCGAGAACUCGAACAUGGCGGAGCGGAGCAGCGUGCUGCAGCAGCAGCGGAUUGCCGUCACCCUGUUCCUGGUGCUGGCCUGCUUCCUGCUCUGCAUCGCCCCGUACAUCGUCUACUCCAACGGGCUGGUUAUGGCCCGCGACAAGGACGCCGUGCCGCUCAUACUCAACCCGCCUACUGGUGUGUAUAUUUGAACUCAGCUCUCAAUCCGGUCAUAUACGGCGCCCGAAGCUCGUCGUUUCGGCAGAGCUACAAGGAUAUACUCCUCGGAACAAAACGAAUGAAGAUCUCCACCCUUGGGAGUAUGCGGAGCGUGGGCAGCACCCGCCUGUACAGCCACCGCGUCAGCCUGCCGGCCAACUCGCCCUUUCGUCAGAUGUCCGGUUUCCUGACGCCGGCCCCGGCACAGCUCUCGCGCUGACAGGCGGGCGUGCUGCGGAGCACCGGCGCGCCUGCCCCAGGCCAGCUCAGAAGCCACAGCCAUCAACGCGCCGACAACAUGACGCCAUCAGUUGGUCGCAAUCUGAUGCCACUUGGUUUGCGGCACGUGGAUGGCUUUGUAGUUCACAGUAUAUUAUGUAAAAGGUGUUGCUUGGCCAUAAUGUAAACGCUUGCGAGCGUUUCUCCGCAGUAAUGUUUUAGAUGUUGGUUGUUUAGUGUGCGUGUACAGUUUGUAAAAAACGAUGAAAAUACAGUCUACAUCCCUUACUUCAGUAUCACUGCCUGGUUUCCGUGUCGCUUUUGACGUGUUGGUAUUGUUGCGGCUGCAGUGUCCAUAAGAAAUCCCAAUGUUGUGGUGGAUGGCGAGAUUUCGCGCCCGUUCAUAUCCCGCGGCACGUUAAGUGAAGCGUUAGCAUCUUCAUGUGUGUCACGUCUGCUGUACUCUUAAGUCAUCUGAGCGCUGCUAGUCAUCGAUCUCAGCUCGCUGCUUGAGUCGAAAUGUCGUGCCAGAGCGGAUUUAUGUUGUGCUAGGUGUCAGCCUGUCAGCCAGGGUUGGGCGCCAACUGCAUCGGUGUAGUCUCAUUGACCUUAAGAUUUUCUCAUGCAGAAUCACGAAGAUCUUACCUGGAGGGUACAUCUAGGACUGUUGUUAUCAAUGACGUCAUAAGUCGUUAGGUGGUCAACGCCAAGCGUACCAGCAGAUGGCCAUUUCCCAUAUGUCACCCCU